GCCAGGACAGAUUGCACAAAGCGGGGCCGAGCCCCAGCUGGGCUGGAGCCAAGCCCGGCCCCGUGGCCGUCCAGCCCAGCCUGAGCCUGGCAGGAGAGGACAGCAGAGGAGGGUCGUGCCCUGGCCCAGCAUAAAAAGCCCUCGGUGGGGACGGGGAGCAGGCGCACCCCAGGAAGGGCCCAGAGCAGCGCUGCCGGAGCCGUGGGAGCAGGGCCAUGGAGCAGUACUUCUCGGCCACCCAGAAGAUGGAGCAGGAGGUGAUGUUCCCCAGCCUGCUCCGAGGGGUCUUCCCAGAGCAGGACGGGGCAGCCCCAGCCACGGGCAGCCGCACAGACCUCUACGAGCGCUACCAGCUCCUCAAGGCCAUCAAGCCCAUGGUGGAGAAAGGCCUGGCCUGUGUCACUGACCAGAGCCCGACCAGCGCCCAUGCUGACACGGAGACGUGCUCGGACCACCACGGUGCCAUGGAUGCCCAGCUGGAGGAGCGCCUGUCCCACCACCUGGCUGGCUUGCAGCAGGUCCUCACCCACCUCACCAGGGACACCAACGCCCUCACCCGGAGGUACAGCCAGAUCCUGGAGCAGAUCACCCCCAGCGAGGGACAGCCCAGCUGGUGACCCUGCCCCGCGCGCCAGGAUGGAUGCUGGUGGCACGAAGACGUCCCCAUCGCUGAUCAUCGUGGGCUCUUCCCCAGCACUGAUCGCCCACCCGGCACUGCGGCAUGGGACCUCCCAGCGCUCCCACCGCA